CUCUUUUGCGUGUUAUUCCAUCUUGAGAUCCCUUUUCAUGUCCAGGUUUCAGUCUUGUUCAUAAAUUCCAGCCAAGCGCCGUGCCUGUGUUUGAAAAGCGCCCCAUUCGCCCCAAGCGGAAUGCAAUACGUUGCAACUUCGGCGAUAUCAGAGCUGACCACCGCGGCCUGCAAUUAAGUUCCUUCCUUCAAACCUCGCCGGAGGGUUCAUUGCACUUCACCGGAGCUUCACAAAAAGCCUUACACUAUGCGGGCGUUUGGGCUGCCGCUGAGCUUGAGAAGCCUGUUGGUGCUCAGCGCUUUUGGAUCGCUUCGUGCAUUCGCUAGUCCGAGCAUCAAUGUUGCUCUACGAGCUUCUUUCAAUUCGGCACCGUAUUUGAUUGAGCUUUUAGAGACGGCUGCGGAAGAGAACUCCACCGCAUACUUCCCUAUCCUUGACCGCAUAGCAGAAGGCUACUUUAGCAAAGUCACGACCGAUCAGGAGCUCUAUACGUCGUUCGUGGAUCUCCUCCAGACGGAUGGUCACAUCACAGAUCCCGCGACCCUCUCCUCCUUCCGAUUCGCGCUCUCCGUCCGCUCCGCCGCUCCGCGAAUAGAAGCACAUUACCAGUUCUACAAUACUUCGGUAGAACCUUCGCUACAAGCAGCACAAGGGGAAGAAUGCAGAGUAUGGGUAGCUUUCGAGGGGAAACAAUAUUGUUCCCCGGAGUUGAAGGAGAGCCACGGCGACAUUCGGGCAGCCCUUUCAAGUGAAGGCCGGGAUAGAGGCGCUGAACUGCCGUUUGACCGAGUCCUUGGAGCGAAUUCAGAUGCCAUACCGUCGAUUCUCUACGCCGACAUCACCUCGCCUACGUUUGCGCAUUUCCAUAAACUUCUUAGCAAGACCGCAAGGGAGGGGGAAACAACAUACCGCGUUCGACACAAGCCAUCCUUGAGCAGGUUAAGCUCUCCACUAAUUGUCAAUGGGUAUGGCGUUGAGCUGCAGUUAAAGCGGACAGACUACAUAGUCAUUGAUGACAGACCGGCGAAAGAAGGAGGCAAUGCCGCUACACAAAAGCCCCUCGACACGGAACUACAUGGUGAUGAAGAGGUUGCGGAUUUAAAACCACUUUCUGCAUCCGAAGUCUCUAAUCUCGGACUGAAUGCCGCUAGUUUUGUGAUGAAGAGCGAGAAUCCCCUCGACACCCUCCUUAAGCUUGUUCAAGAUUUCCCAAAGCACUCCUCUGCGAUCGUUAAUCACAACGCUUCCGAUGAGUUUGUGAAGGAGCACACUGCGAACCGCGAUCAAUUGCUUCCCUCGGGGUACAACAUCCUGUGGAUAAACGGUGUACAGAUUCCAAACAGGGAUAUCAAUCCUUUUUCGCUUCUUGAGCACCUACGUCGAGAGCGCAACCUGAUUAAUGGAAUUCGGAGCCAAGGUCUCUCCGGACCAGAGACUAUUGAUCUAUUGUCAAACUCUGCUAUCACAGAUACUCAAUCUGAGGAUGAACCACAACGAUAUGACUUCAGAGAUGAGGUUGAAGGCGGCCAUGUCAUUAUUUGGAUGAACGACCUUGAGAAAGAUAAGAGAUACGAAGACUGGCCUUCAGCCGUCACUGCACUCCUCCAACGAACGUAUCCCGGUCAGCUGCCUUCUGUGCGUCGCGAUAUCCAUAAUGCUAUCCUCCCAGUCGACUUCACAUCUAAUGACGAGGUUUUCACGGUCGUUGAGACCAUUCAGGGUAUGGUCAAACGUGGAAUCCCGAUUCGGUGGGGUCUGGUUCCCAAGGCAAAGACUGCAGCUUCUGAAGAACAAGCUAAAAUUGUUUACCAUCUGCUCGAUACUUAUGGACUCUCCGCCGUGAUGAAUUACCUUGCGGCGUCCAGAGAUGCUAAGAAACUAUCCGCGCCCGACAAAGCUGUCUUCGAUGCAAUUAUAAAGAGCGCCAAGCUUCGCAAGGAUCAUGAGGUCCUGGAGUACGCGGAGGUUCUCACAUCCGAAGAAGGCCAGCAGCGACUGACAGGGUCGAAGAAAUAUCUUGCACGACUGGCGGCGGAUGGGGCUAAUUCUCCAAUGUUUGUCAAUGGCGUACCCAUUGUGCAGAACGAUGAGUGGCUGCAGAUGAUGAGCCAGCGUAUUAGCAUGGACCUUCGUUCAAUUCAAAAAGGCGUGUUUGAGCAAAUCUUCCAGGAGGAUAGCUGGCUUCCUCAGUACUUCCUGUUCCAGGCUGCGCCUAAACGUAACCCCUUGAUUAUUCCAGAAAACGAGAAGAAUAUUAUCCUCGUCGACAUGGCAGAGUUCCAAGCGAAGCAUGGAGAUAUUUUUAAACAAAUGCCUCAAGUCAAGGCUGGGGAAGGGUCAGCCAAAGGGGAAUGGGCUCAUCUGACAGUCGUUGGAGACUUUGACUCUCCGUCUGGAGUCGCUCUUCUCUCAUCUGCGGCGCAAUACCGCAAAGAUCAUGCCAAUGUUGAACUCGUCUUAAUUCACAACCCGAAAGCUGAUGCGGAGGAAUCAAAUGCAUCGGAGGACCUUCUAGAAGCGUGGCAGAAAUCCGGCCAACAAUUGUCCAUCGAAUUGCUGUUAGCCAUUCUUGCUCAAGAACCUACCUUCUCACCGAUACGAGGCAACUCGACAAUUUUCUGGAAGUCGGCGGCACCAAUUAUGGAAGCGUUUGGAUUGCAACCGGGUCAAGGCGCCGUUCUAAUUAACGGGAGAUAUGUUGGUCCUAUUCCUUUGGAGACGGCGUUUGCAAAGGACGACAUUGAAACAUUAUUGUCUUAUGAAUCGAAGAAGCGAAUUGAGCCACUUGCCAAGGCACUGCAGGCCCUCGAGCUUACGGACAAGAUUUCUUCGCCCUUUGAUAUGGCUAAGAUAUCUUCUCUUGUCUCCCUAUCAACAGUUUCUGACAUACCAGAGGGUAUGUUUGAAUCGGCAUCGACUCUAAGGAUGAACGUGUUCACUAGGUGGAAUGACACACAUACUGCGAUCAUCAAAGGAGAUAAUUCCACUGCCACCUUUCAGAUUGUGGUUUCUGUUGAUCCAGCUACUGAACUAGCUCAGAAAUGGGUUCCCAUUCUCAAAUCACUUUCCGAGAUGGAUGGUGUGUACCUCAAACUUUUCUUAAAUCCGAAGCAAAACCUUCAAGAGCUUCCGGUGAAGCGCUUUUAUAGAUACCUAUUGGACUCAAAGCCUAAAUUCAACGAAGACGGAGGUGUAGAUGAUUUGGAAGCCCACUUCUCCGGUAUUCCAAAGGAAGCCCUGUUGAAUCUGGGUAUGGAUGUGCCGCCUUCUUGGCUUGUCGCACCAGAAGACUCUAUCCACGACCUUGAUAACAUUAAGCUUAGCUCCCUCAGUAACGGAGUUAAUAUUGACGCCAUCUAUGGGCUCGAAAGCAUCCUCAUCGAAGGCCAUUCCCGAGAUAUCACUAAUUCUGGACAACCUCCAAGGGGCGCUGAGCUGGUGUUGUCCACCGAGAAGAACCCACACUUUGCGGACACCAUCAUUAUGGCCAACCUUGGCUAUUUUCAAUUUAAGGCCAAUCCUGGGUUUUUCAAAAUCCAGCUAAAGAGUGGCCGUAGCCAAGAAAUCUUUAACAUCGACAGCGCAGGACCAAAAGGCUGGGCACCACAACCCGGCGAUGAAACGAGCGAAAUCGUUCUGAUGAGCUUCCAGGGAACCACGCUCUUCCCACGCCUUUCACGAAAGCCUGGCCAAGAAGCUGCCGACGUUCUGAGCAGUGACGACAGCCUAGCUUCCGAACUCGUUGAAAAGGGUACGCGGAGGGUCAACAAAUGGCUCGACAAGAUUGGCCUUUCGUCACUCAAACCCGAAAACGUUCUCGCAAAAGGUGGAAGUGGCGUCCAAGCUGAUAUUAAUAUCUUUUCUGUCGCUUCGGGACAUCUCUACGAACGUAUGCUGAAUAUUAUGAUGCUGUCCGUUAUGAAGCAUACCAACCAUACGGUGAAGUUCUGGUUCAUUGAGCAGUUCUUGUCGCCGAGCUUCAAAUCCUUCGUUCCAAGCAUGGCGAAAGAAUAUGGCUUUGAUUACGAGAUGGUGACGUAUAAAUGGCCGCAUUGGCUACGAGGCCAGACCGAGAAGCAGAGAGAAAUUUGGGGCUACAAGAUUCUAUUCCUCGACGUCCUUUUCCCACUCGACCUCGACAAGGUCAUCUUCGUUGACGCCGACCAAAUCGUGCGUACCGACAUGUACGAACUCGUUACGCACGACCUCAAAGGCGCACCCUAUGGUUUUACACCGAUGUGCGACUCUCGCGCCGAAAUGGAAGGCUUCCGCUUCUGGAAACAAGGCUAUUGGAAGAACUUCCUCCGUGGCCUGCCCUACCACAUAUCCGCACUCUACGUCGUUGAUCUCAAACGUUUCAGGCAGAUCGCUGCCGGCGACAGACUCCGCCAACAGUACCACUCACUUUCGGCAGAUCCAGCCAGUUUGAGUAAUCUGGAUCAGGAUCUGCCGAAUAAUAUGCAGUUCAAUCUUCCGAUUCAUAGUCUGCCUCAGGAGUGGCUGUGGUGCGAGACUUGGUGUUCGGAUGAGAGUCUUAAGGAUGCGAAGACGAUUGAUCUAUGUAAUAAUCCGCAGACGAAGGAACCAAAGUUGGAUAGGGCGAGGAGGCAGGUACCGGAGUGGACGACGUAUGAUGAUGAGAUUGCGGCGUUGGCGAAGCGGACGAAGGAGGGGGUGAGAAAUGGAGGUGAUGAGGGUGGGAAUGAGUCGAUGAUGGAGAAAGAAGAUAAGGGGAAGAAGGAUGCAAGGAGGAUUAGAGACGAGUUAUAGAUUGGUUGGAGGGAUGGCGUAUUUGGUGUGACUUUUUGGAUAGUGGGGAAAGGUUGGAGGGGUUGUAUAGACGUAUAGUUAUAGUUACGUGGCCUAUAAAUGAAGACCUAAGUUUUCUACUAGGUCCUCCAUC